AUGAAGUGUUCCGUUAUCUGCUCAUCAUUGAUAGUUGCAUUGGCUUUACUUGUUGGUUCAACAAUUCAAGCUGAUUCAUCAUAUCCAUCGAGAUAUUUGACAAAAAAGAGUAAUGAACCGGAAAGUCGUAUCGAACCAGUUACAACAACUCUUAUUGUCAGCGCUUUAGCUCCUGUCGUUCUUAAUCUUUUCACUGGUAUGUUGGGUAGUUUAUUCAAUAAACCAAAUGAUAUUGAAGAACGUGUUAUUUAUGGUCGUCCAAUGCAAGUAAAAUUAUGUGGUGUUGAAAAUUGUAUUCAAGUAUUAGAUAAAGGUUCAGGUAUCACAACAGUUGGUAAAGGUGAUAAUGUUCAACAUGCAUUAGGUGAUGCUGUCGGUGCAAUGUUAACAUCAUUAUUAGAACGAAAUUUAUUAAGUAUGCAUGAUUUAUGUCGUGAACAUAUUCAUUUUCCACAUCCGGAUAGAGAAAAUUGUCCAAAUGUAGAAAUUAAUACUUGUGAACUUAGCAAACCUGUCUUACCUCAACGUAAAAAUACAAAUCUAUAG